AUGCUCGACUACACAGAGUACAACAACGUGUUUCCCUCCCCGGGAAUCAUCAACCCCUACGACCACAAGGGAACCGGUGCCAUCGAGACCUUCCGCAAGUCAUUGGGCGGCGUCCUGUUUGUGGAUCGCGUCCUAAGUCGGUUAGGCAUCGGCCAAGGCACUGCAUAUCCGCCCAAAGGUGAAAAUGGCCUUCGCUCCCUUCAUCAACAAAUCUGCCAGAGCAGCGUCUCGUCGCACCACAAAAUAUCAGUUCUUUACUAUCUCCUCCUCGACCAUGAUGACAUUCACCCGGGUCGCUCGCAGUGGGCGGACGGCUUUGCUGAGGAGACAGGACUGCCGAAGAAGUACCAGAUCCUUAUGAGGGGCCUGUGGCACAUGGAUCGCAAGGAGUUUAAAUACGCAAUCGAAAAUCUGACCCACCCUUCCCUCCCCACCGAAUUCGCUGACGAAAUCACCAUCGCCCUCGUCCGCUCUGCGAGUCAAAGCGAUUACACCCUAGCCCUCGCCUACUUCCACGCCGCCCAGCCCGUCUUCACCUCAUCCGAAGCUCUCGAGCUGCUCUUUGGCGCUCUAGCUCGCACCAACGUUACCGAAGCACUCGAUUUCUCGCGUCGCUACCCGGAGUGGACCCGCCAACAGCUGUUUGAAAGGUUAGUGGCUUCGAUUCUGGAGCAGCCGGAGAAACUGGGAGCGAGGGGCAAGGAGCUCGUUAGCGCGGCGUUGACGGGCGAGGAGGAAAGUUGGUUUCAGGAUUAUUUGAGGCGUGGGGAAGGGAGAAAAAGUAAGGGCACAAGUGUGCUUUUGAGGAUGAGGGGGGUUGUGACGGGGAGGUUGAGCAGCACUGCCGCGUUGGAGAACCUUGCUGGUCACCUGUGA